GUCUCACCUGCUGAUGAUACUCUUCCGCCUUCAGCUUUCACCGUGAGUGAAUGAGAAAAUACAAAUAUAUAUACGGACCGGAAAGCAAGAAAAGGUAAAAUUUAGGCUUCAGACAUUUGUUUCUCUUUAGAUUACUGAUGAUCAUCGAUUCAAGGAAUUCUAUUCCCUCCAUCUUUAUUGUUAUUUUAAUAAAUUGAUUAUCUAUUUUAGUGCUGCUAUAAAUCGAAAUAUUGUAUACUUUCUAUCAGAUCUGUGAAAUUUUGAAUCAGAUUUGUGUUAUUAUUGUAGUUUUUCCUGUAGUCUACUCUUCAUCCCUCCUCUUUUUGUUUUUUUUUUUUUUUUUUGUGGGUUCAACAUAGUAAUCAUACCCUUCUUAUUUUUGGACGAUGAUGAUGGAAACUGGGCUCAGAAUUAUCUGUCUUUCCCUUAUCCAAUAAGAUUUCCCCGCCUUUUAAUUUUUGUCGAAAUUAUUUGAGUGCUGACUCUGGUCUUUUCCUCUCUUUAUUUCGUCCAAAACGAAUCCGAAAAAUCAAAAAGUAGUUGCACUAUCCAUUAUCAGCUUCUUUUUCAUCGACAUCUUCAGAUCUAGCCAAUCUUUUGAAUAUUUCUGCUCAGAUCCACCGAAAUAUAAUAUUUUUCUUUUUCCUUCAAAAUCCCAAGUUUCUUUGGUUUUCGCUUCAUUAAACAAUUACUUGAGUGAUAUUACUUUGUUGUUAUCCUACAUAUCACAAUUGUGUUUCAUUCUAUAUAAAAAAAGAUUUUUUCUUGGGUUAAGAAGCUCAGUCUUUUGGUGAGAGUGGCGUCAGGAUCGAACUCGCUUGUGUCAGAGUAUGAUAAAUUACUUUCCAGAGGAAGUAUUAGAGCAUGUUUUCAGUUUCUUGACAUCACAUCGGGACCGAAAUGCGGUGUCUCUUGUGUGCAAGUCUUGGUAUAAUGUCGAGAGAUUCAGCCGGGGGAAGGUUUUUAUAGGAAACUGCUAUGCCAUCAGCCCUGAACGGCUGAUCUCAAGGUUUCCAAGGGUUCGGUCAUUGACUCUCAAAGGGAAGCCCCAUUUUGCAGAUUUUAAUUUGGUUCUCCAUGAUUGGGGGGGUUAUGUGUACCCGUGGAUUGAGGCCAUGGCGAAAGGCUGCACAAAUCUAGAGGAGCUUCGGUUGAAGCGGAUGUUGGUGUCGGAUGCGAGCCUCGAACUGAUUGCCAAGUCUUUUCCCAAUUUUAAGUCUUUGGUAUUGGUCAGUUGUGAAGGGUUCACUACAGAUGGACUUGCUGCUAUUGCUUCCAAUUGCAGGUUUCUUAGGGAGUUAGAUUUGCAAGAAAAUGAAGUAGAAGACCCCAGAGGCCAGUGGCUUAGCUGCUUUCCUGACAGCUGCACCUCUCUUGCCUCUUUGAAUUUUGCAUGCCUCAAGGGAGAAGUUAAUUUGGCAGCUCUUGAGAGACUGGUUGCAAGAUGUCGUAACCUUAAAAGUCUCAGGCUAAACCAUGCUGUACCUCCUGAUGUCCUUCAGAAAAUUUUGGCGCGAGCGCCUCAAUUGGUGGAUUUAGGGGCAGGUUCUUUUGUUCAUGAUCCAGAAUCAGAAACCUAUAACAAGUUAAAAAAUGUUAUGCAGAAGUGUACAUCAAUUAGAAGCUUGUCAGGGUUCCUGGAUGUUAAUGCACGCUGCCUACCUGCUAUUUACCCAAUUUGUAUAAAUUUGACUUCUUUGAACUUGAGCUAUGCUCCUGGAAUCUAUAGCAAGGAGCUUGUAAAGCUGAUCCGCAAAUGCAAGAAACUGCAAUGCCUAUGGAUUUUGGAUACAAUUGGGGAUAAAGGGCUCAGAGUUGUGGCAUCUGCGUGCAAAGAAUUGCAGGAAUUGAGGGUCUUCAAAUCAGAUCCCAAUGAUGUGGGCAAUGCAGCUAUAACAGAAGAAGGAUUGGUUGCAAUAUCAGCUGGUUGUCCCAAUCUUAAUUCACUGCUUUAUUUCUGUCGGCAGAUGACCAACACUGCACUCAUUACUGUGGCAAAAAAUUGCCCCAAUUUUAUUCGUUUCAGAUUAUGCACUCUUGACCCAAUCACACCUGAUGCAGUGACGAUGCAGCCACUUGAUAAUGGUUUUGGGGCAAUUGUCCAGUCGUGCAAGGGUCUUAAGCGAUUGUCAGUCUCUGGCCUUCUAACUGAUCAAGUUUUUCUUUACAUAGGAAUGUAUGCUGAGCAGCUUGAAACGCUUUCGAUCGCCUUUGCUGGUAACAGUGACAAGGGAAUGGUAUAUGUAUUGAAUGGUUGCAAGAAACUGAAGAAGCUGGAAAUUAGGGACAGCCCCUUUGGAAAUAUGGCACUUCUAGCGGACACGGGGAAGUAUGAGACAAUGCGAUCUCUUUGGAUGUCGUCCUGUAAAGUGACAUUUGGAGCUUGCAAGUCCCUUGCAGAGAAGAUGCCAAGACUCAAUGUGGAGAUCAUUAAUGAAGGUGAUGAGAUGGAGGGUGGAUCUGAUGAUAGACAGAAUGUAGAAAAGAUGUACUUGUACCGGACACUUGUUGGGCCUCGGAAAGAUGCACCUGAUUCUGUAUGGACUCUUUAGAUGCUUUGUGUUGAACUGGCAGUUUUAAUUUGUUUCAUAUGAACAACUUAUGAAUUCCUAGCUAACUGAUGGUUUAUUGGUAUGUUAGUUUUGUUUAUCAGUCGAACUUGAAUGCUGUGGAAUCUUUUCGUACAUAUUUGUAACUUGCUCGGUUUGAUCUUUGCUUAAUAAAUAUCGCUGUACGGUCUA